AUGCGGAACCGCCGUCAACUAUGACUUUCGUUUUCGCUUUUAAUGCUGAGUAAUUGUGGCUUUGAAUUACAACUCAAUGUGAGGAUUCUUUGGCCUUCUUGCAACUGCCCUCAACUUUAAACAAAGCCAUUAAGACUCCAUUUCGAGGGUGUUCCCGAACUCAGAAGCGACAUGGCCGCUUGGGAUAUUUGCGCCGAGACGAAGCAGCAGGUGGACGACUUCGCCAAGAAACUCGCCGAAGAUGCAGAAGCGCUCGUCUCAACAUUUUUCCCUCAGAAGAUUGAAGAGCUGCAGGUGCUCCUAAAGACCUCUUUCAGUGAUCAUGGCCAAGCGUUCCCGAAGGCACCGCUGGAUAUCCCCAUCCCAGAUCCCGUGAAGGAGGAGGCCAAACGCAAAAAGAAGGAGCAGCAGCAAAAGGAGGCGGCGGAGAAAGACAAGGAGGAGGACGGCGAGGAUUCAGGGCCUCCUUGCGGUCCCGUCGGCUGCAACGAGCGUGUGGGGGUGCUCCUGAAGGAGGUCAAGCCUCAGCUGCAGACGCUCAAGGAGAAGAUCAACACGGUGACCACGUGGAUCCAACUUCAAAUUCCCCAGAUUGAAGACGGGGACAACUUUGGAGUGGCAGUGCAGGAGAAAGUGUUUGAGAUGCUGACAAGCUCCCGCAGCAAGGUCGAGGGAUUCCAGACUCAGAUUUCAAAAUAUUACAGCGAGAGAGGCGAUGCGGUCGCCAAAGCGUCAAAGACGCCCCACGUGGGAGACUACCGGGAGCUGGUUCACGAGCUGGACGCCACCCAGUACUCGGAGCUCCGUCUGAUGGUCCUGGACGCCUGCGCCACAUACGCCGCGCUCUAUGACAUCAUCAGCAAGAAUUACGCCAAGAUCAAGAGGCCCCGAGGAGACUGCAGAGCUCUCAUCUACUGAAGCGUCGGAGCCCCGACACGCGCACUCGCGAGAUGCACUCGGCACUCUGAAGUGGAGACGCAAUACCCUGCCGCUCAACGGAAGACGUUUCGCAACAUGUUGCCAAAUAAAAUUGCAAUCGUUUUUGC